AUAGCCUCUUGGAGAUAUUCUAACACAGCUCGGAAGCCUCCUCGUCAUCGGAAUCCAUGGCCGCCGCCUCGAGCUCUCUAUCCUUCUUCUCUUCGGCUCCUUCUAUCCUGAAGCCCGUUAGCUCAUCUAGGGCUUCUCCCCGCUUCCCUGUGGCGCCGCGCACAAGGCCCAGGGGUCCCGCCGGAGCGCCGAAGAAACCGUAUUCUCCGGCACCGGAGAGGCACUCUUCUCCAAAGACGAAGAAACAAUUUUCUCCGGUGAAGAAGGAAGUGUCUUCUCCGGCGCCAAAGAAGCGGCACUGGAAGGAGGGGGAGUUCCCGGGGGUGACGGAUGAGUCUAUUCUCGGAUCCCCGAGACCUCCCAUUAAGAACUUGAAGAAGAAGCUUGACGAUCGCAAUGCAGCCAAGGCUUGGGUUAGCACCGUCACUGAAACCCUAGUUGAUAAGAUCCAGAAGCGGCAGUGGGAAGCAGCGCUAGAGGUAUUUGAGAAUCUUAGAGAACAACCAUUCUAUUAUCCAAAAGCAGGAACAUACAUGAAACUCCUUGUGCUUCUCGGGAAAUCCGGUCAGGCUCACCGUGCUCAAACUCUCUUUGAUUGUAUGGUGGAAGAGGGAAUAGAGCCAACUUCGGAGUUGUAUACGGCAUUGCUUUUAGCUUACUGCCGAUGCAAACUUCUUGAUGAAGCAUUCAUAGUCCUCGGCAAGAUGAAGGCCUUACCCCUUUGCCAACCUGAUGUAUUUACAUACAGCACUCUCCUGAAGGCUUGUGUGGAAGCGUCUCGAUUUGAAUUGGUUGAUGCCUUGUAUCAAGAAAUGGCCGAAAGGAUGGUAACUCCGAACACUGUCACACAGAACAUUGUCUUGGGUGGUUAUGGGAGGGCUGGCAAGUUUGAUGAAAUGGAGAAAGUGUUAAGCGGGAUGAUCGAGAAUAAAGAUUGUAAACCAGAUGUUUGGACUAUGAACAUCAUACUAGGGCUAUUCGGAAACCAGGGCCAGGUUGAUGUGAUGGAGAAAUGGUAUGAAAAAUUCCGUAGCUUUGGGAUUGAACCAGAAUCGCGAACUUUUAACAUCUUGAUUGGUGCUUAUGGAAAGAAACGAAUGUAUAACAAAAUGACCUCUGUGCUAGAGUACAUGCGAAGGUUGCAAUUUCCAUGGACCACUUCGACUUACAAUAAUGUGAUUGAAGCAUUUGCGGAUGUGGGGGAUGCAAGGAACGUGGAAUUGGCUUUUAAUCAGAUGCGUGCGGAAGGGAUGAAGGCGGAUACGAAAACAUUCUGCUGCCUGAUAAAUGGGUACAGUAAUGCAGGGCUCUUUCAUAAGGUGGUUAGCAGCAUUCAGCUGGCUGAGAGAUUGGAAGUACCUGCUAAUGUAUCCUUCUACAAUGCCGUCAUUUCUGCUUGUGCCAAGGCCGGGGAUCUAAUGGAGAUGGAGAGAGUGUUUAGGCGCAUGAAGGAUAGGCAUUUCAUACCUGAUUCUAUGACUUAUUCAAUCCUAGUAAAUGCAUAUCAAAAGGAAGGAAUGAAUGACAAAAUCUUCGACUUGGAGCAGGAGCAGCAAAAACUAAGCACACCUGAACUUGUAGCAGCUUGAUGUUUUAGUCUAUUGUUUUGUUUAGGUAGGAUUUUUUUUAAGUUUAAUUGUCGCGGAGCUUCUCAAAUGUCUAGAUGCAAACUUUUGAUUGUACAAUUCUGAGUUUUCAUAUAUAUGAUGACAAUUCUGUUGUUUGUAC